AUCCGCAGCAAGCAGUCGUGGGGCGUGGCCCCCUCCACCGGGCCCUACACUCGUGCUGGUCCAGAUUCUCUGUUGCAGUCUUGAGCUGUGCUGUCGCUGCUGGAGGUAUAUCUACCCCGGAUUGCCCGAUCCAUCCACUGACUUGGUUGGCAGCAUCUCAUCACAACCACCACCACAUCGAAUAUCUCUUUUCCAUUGCUACGAAUCUAGCAUCUAUAUACCCCAUCUUACUUGAUUCCAGUUUCUAGUCCUUACCAAGCCACACGCACAACCAUACACAAUGGCCAGUGUCUCUACUGCCCUGCAGUCCGUCUCCGAGGGCCGCCUCAAGGUCGACGGCACCGACCCCAUCUACAACGACUGGCGCGAUGACCUGGUCCGCGAUGGCUUCGCUGUGAUCAAGGGCGCCAUUCCCGAGGACCGGGCCCUCGGCUACGCCGACAAGAUGCUGGCUCUUGCCGAGUCCUUCGGCCUGGGCUACAAGCGUGACGACCCCUCGACUGUCCACCCCGACAAGCUGCCCGUCAUCAAUGAGAAGGGCAUGCUGCUCAACUACGGCGCCCCUCACGAGGACUUUGUGUGGGAUGUGCGGUCCGAGGACGGCGUGGUCAAGGCCUUUGAGAAGGUCUACAACACCGAGGACCUGAUUGUCUCUUUCGACGCCAUCAACUACGGCUUCUCGAACCGGACAUGCAUGCCCGCCAACAAGCCCUGGCCCCACCAGGACCAGGACCCGGCCAAGCCGGGCUUCCGCUGCCUCCAGGGCCUCGUCAACCUGCUCCCCAACGGCCCCAACGACGGCGGCCUCAUCGUCUGCAAGGGCGGCCACCUGCUGUCCGAGCAGUUCCACAAGGACAUGAUCAACGAGGAGCGCAUCCCCGCCUGGACGCCCGAGUGGUACGGCUACACCGAGGCCGGCAUGAAGUGGCUCGAGAAGGCCGGCCUCGAGUGGGUAAAGGUCGAGGCCGCGCCCGGCGACCUCAUUGUCUGGGACUCGCGCACGCCGCACUACAACGUCCCCGCCAGCGAGAAGCAGGACCGUCUCGCCAUCUACACGUGCUUCAUGCCCGUCGCCGAUGCCACCCAAGAGGACCUCAUCCGCAAGAAGGAUGCUUUCGAGAAGCGCCUCGGCACCACACACUGGCCCAACGCCCGCCACGUCGGCUCCAACGUCGCCAAGCGCAACGGCAGCGAGGAUCUCGUGUCGCGCGAUCGCCCGCUCAACGAGCCCAAGCUCAGCGAGCGCGCCUUCAAGCUGACCGGUAUCCCCUACAUCAAGGCCAACUAG